GAAGCAAGGUUGCAAUGUAGUUGCCGCAUCUCGAUGGAUUUUUCUGAGCACGCAUGGAUCGUGGGGAUUUCUUGAUCUCCCUUGGGGCUGGCGGGCUGGCUGGUGUGUGUGUGGACCUGACAUUAUUUCCUUUGGAUACAGUCAAAACUAGACUGCAGAGUCCCCAAGGAUUUAAAAAGGCUGGUGGUUUCCGUGGCAUUUAUGCUGGCGUUCCUUCUGCUGCCAUAGGAUCUUUUCCAAAUGCUGCUGCCUUUUUUGUCACUUAUGAAUAUACGAAGGCUGUCCUGCGCACAGCUGAUUCUCCAUAUUUUUCUCCAAUUAUUCACAUGAUGGCUGCCUCCUUUGGAGAAAUAGAGGCUGCGUGGCUGAGUGAUCCAGAGCCUGCUUUGCCUACAGAAGGUCCCAGGUGGCUUGCGAUCAGCCUGCAACCCAGAGAAUCAUUUCACAGGUUACUAACUAAAUAUUAUCCCUUUAAUGUGCAGUUCUGGCUGACAAACUCAUUCAAAAGUGAGAUAAAACUCAGAAAGUCAAUAGGUAGUGUGUUUAUAAUCAAUAUUGUCAAUUUCCUGGAAGCCAUUACAUUAUCCUCAGGUAUCCCAGGACUCUACCGAGGUUAUAAAAGCACAGUAUUAAGAGAGAUUCCUUUCUCUCUUGUACAAUUUCCUGUAUGGGAAUCUUUAAAGGAACUUUGGUCAUGGAAGCAAGGACACGUGGUGGAUUCUUGGCAGUCGGCAGUCUGUGGAGCAUUUGCAGGUGGAUUUGCAGCUGCAGUGACCACUCCUCUGGAUGUAGCCAAGACAAGAAUUAUGUUGGCAAAGACUGGCUCCAGAACCGCAAGUGGGAAUGUGUUAUCAGCUCUUCAAGGUGUAUGGAAAACUCAAGGGAUAUCGGGUUUGUUUGCCGGCAUUGUCCCUCGAAUCUCUUCCAUCAGCCUUGGAGGUUUUAUCUUUCUCGGGAUGUAUGACAAGAUCCGAAGCUUGCUUUUGUGAUUUUGGUCAAGAGGAACAGCUGUGAAGCCACUAUCCCACCCACCCCUCCUUAAUUCUAAGAAAAAAUAUUCACAUUUAUAGAAGUUAUUCCUUUACAUUUCUCUCUUCCCCUUCUUCCUGCCAAUCCUGCCUCCUGUGGCUCAGCAGCUGUUCAGCAGCCCGGACUUCAUUCUCUCUAUUUAAACAAGGAGAAAUUCCGUAAUUCCAUUUCCGUAACGAAAAUGUCCAUUUAUGGAGAGUCCUGUUAUGGUGGUGAGGCCAUGGGGAAGAGUCUGCCAAGAAAUUCAGCUUUGGGGGACAAAGCACCUAUUUAGGGGUUCCAGCCAAGGAACUGAAAAGCAUUAUUAUUAGCAGUCACUUUAGGGAGUGUGAUGUGCAAAUGACAGCCCAGUCUCCAUGGCUUAGUAGCCACAUAUAUUCAUCAUAGAAUGGCACCAGAGUCACCCCAGAGAAGAAAACAGCACCGUUAACAUGACUGAAAACUUGCCAUGCUCUGCAGGACAGACGGAAGAAGCAACAAGGUUUUUCUUUUAAAAAAAAAUGUAUAGAAGGGGGAAAACCCAUUUGUUUCUUGUUUGAAACCCAUUUGGAAAAUCUAGACCACUGUUCAUACCUACAGGUGCAUAGCCAGCAUUCUUGCUUGGAUAAGCAAGGCUGCCUUUUUUAAUUAGACUCGAAUUUCUUUAGUACUGAUUGAGUACAAUGUUGUAUUAUUUUACCGCCUAACAAGGGUGCCUAUGAAAAAAAGAGCAAGCUUGGGUUUUUUUUCCUUUUCUUUCCCAUCCUUUGCCUCCAAAAAAUCAGUUUGGCAGGAGGUGAAAAAAAAUGAAGAUACAGAGAAGGGGGAAGAACUGAUGAAGGGUGAGGAGAGGAAACGAAGAUGCCAUCUCCUGCAGGGAGCUCAAUUUGUCUCCUCCAAGGACAGUCACAAAAAUGAGAGAUCUUGCUCAAGAAGCAGAGUGGGAUAGUGAUGAACCACAAUAGAUGCCGAAUCCAAAAAGAUCACAGUGCAAAGGAGCAAGGUGACUUUGGUGGCUGAAAAACACUUUGGGAAUGUUUAGACACUUGCAAAUCCUCAGGGAGGGUCAGGGUCAUAGGGUCGCAAGAUUUUGAUGUUCAGACAUAAGUUCCAUUUGGUCAUCCUAGCCCAUUUGCGGGUUAUGAAAUACAUAUCCUUUAAAAAAGUCUUCAAAAUCCAGGAAGCGUAACAAUGCAGAAUUUCAUUUUACUUCUCCCCCAAAGCCAAAUUAUAAAAAAGCGCAGAUCAAUGAAUCAAGGCAGGAUAAUUGGUAUUAUAAAUGAACCUUUAUUAAAGACACUUCAAUGCCAUUUGUUAAACACUUCCAAUAUCUUUACAAUGUAUUCUCAAUGUACAACAUUGUACCACAUUAGUCUAAUAAAUAAAUAACUUUUUACACAAAAAUUAAUACUUCCUCUUUCACAUUGCCUCUCAGAAGCAGCAGAUUCACAUAUUUAGUGGAAGUAACAACAUUUAAACAACUGUUAUCUAAAACUAAAAUUUCCAAAAAUGUUAAUAUGGCAAGUGUGCUUAGCAAUUCCAAUGGUGAUACCUUUUUUUUCUAUGCCUUUCCAGAUUUACCUUCAUCUUUACCUAGAAACCUUCACCUAGUAACCAAACCUUUACAAGUUCACUUUUCUUUAGAAAGCACAUCAUUUAGUCUCUCUCUUUAUGAAUAAGGGGAAAAAUUUACCCUGACUAUGUUUCCCUAUUAGCGGAUCCAUUUUCUUUAACAUCACCAAAUAAGCCACAAGUUGGCACCUUAUAUCAUUGGACACUUAUUCCAAAGUGCAAGUGUGUUUUAUUGUCUGGAGAUAGGGGGAUGGUGAAAUUAUGCAUUACUUCAGAAAGUCCAGCUUCAGCUAAAAAGCAGAUGGCAAAACUUGUCUUACAAAGCUAUACAUUUACCGCCAACUGAAGGAGAAGGAAGAGUAAUUUAAUGGCAUAGUAAUCAGAUAUUUAAAAGCUCUCUCUUACUUAAAGGGAGAGAGUAUGUUUUAUCACAGGUUUCCUAUUAGAGGAAAGCCUCCUCCCAAAAGUAUGAAGAAAAAGGCUUGCACAUGGCACACCAAAACCUCUGGUUCUUUUCUAUCCAGUUGCUGUAGCAAGAUACUAAACAUCACAACAGAAAAAUAACCUGUGCCAGCUGGCCUUCUAAUGUCUAUUUAGAAAAAUCUGGUUGUUAAUGUUUCCUUUAGAGUCGAACCGUCUGGUUAAUAUAAAAACAUGCCAAAAAGCUUUCCUUGGUGUUUCAGAGUAGAUUAAGUCUAUUUGUCUCAUCCCGCAAAGAAAGUGUUUCCUAUAUUAUGUCCCUAAUACGAACUCCUAAUAUCCUAAACUAAAUCAUGUUUCCUAUCUUUAUUUCUCUGAAACUGGCCUUUAAGUCAAGUAAAGAAAAUAAGGAGAUCAGACAGAACCUGAUGCCGCCCUACAGAAAAUAUCCUAACCUAUGUUUACCAACUUUACUUCAGCCUGAGCUACAGUUAGUUGAUCAAGUGGGACGGAGAAUGACUUUUGGGAGCUACCAUACUACAUAGGCAUCAAUAGCAAAAGAGACAGCAUUUUUUUUAAAAAAAAAAACCACAAUUACGUUAUAGAAACAGUUUUCAUGUAUGUGUUCACAUUUGUGUCGAGGGCUUAAGUGAACUUACAACAGUGUAUAAAAACUAAAGCAAAGUAGCCAAAGUAUCCUCAUGCUUUUUAAAUGAGAGAUUCCUUGCUUGAUAGAUCUUUAAGUCAAAAGUCUCUCACAACACAGAGACGACCUUCAGAAGCGGAGCAACUAUCUAUGAACCUGAAUUCUAUGUCUCUGACUUGAAAAGAAAAGGAAAUUAGGUGUGUGUGUGCAAAUAGAUUAUUCAUUGUGUCAGGUUACUGCAUAAGCAAUAUUAGCAAUACAUUUUGAAAUCUCUAUAAAUGGAGUCAAGGUGCCAAGAGAAAACAUUAAUAAGUUCCUAUGCGAAAUAGAACAGCAUGAGAAUGUCUCUUCUAUAAUGUUCUUGCUCCUCCUGCUGCUUUUUGAGGUGAGCUUGGCCGUUUAAUGUUGUUCCACUAGGAUCUUUACGAGUGCAAUGAACAUUUAAUAUUUAAAUAGAAGUUGGGAUUUGACACAAGGUUGUGUGCAUCUACAUUAAGGUUGAAAUUGGAUAGAUGGCCACAUAUUCCAGAAGUCACCA